AGGUGUCAUCCAAGGAAAAAAUAUAUUCAAUUUGUCAAUGAUAAGGAAUUCUGUUCAGAACAUAUCUUAUGGUGUCAUCGUUGGAUAGUGUUCUCUAUAUAUAAAGUUAAUCCAUCAUCUUCACAUCACCAAGAAUUUUGGAAACUAUAAAUCAGUAACCUCCUUCCUACCUGUAUUUUUAACCAUGUCCGACUCCGAAUCAACUACUCUUCGAAUUACCGCACCAGUUCAACGGGAAGUGAGCAUUGCUGCGGCUAGACAACGUGGGGAAGAACCAAGGCAUACUGAAUCUCAAGAACGUUUUCCACGAGGAUCGGACAGAGCAUAUAAAAAGCGUAUUUGUACGGCAGCAGCAACAGGGGAGUGGAAAACAGCUUCAUCGUACGAUAAAACUCAUCCUGAUUGGAUAUGUACUCCCUUAACUAUGGAUAAAGACACAGCUCUUCAUAUUGCUGUCAGAAUGGAACAAAUUAAAUUUGUAAAAAAUUUGGUCGAACGUAUAAGCAAAAAAGGCAUGGAAACUCGUAGGGUUGAUGGAAAUAAUGCCCUUUGUUUAGCUGCAAUUUCAGGGAAUGUGAAAAUUGCUGAAAUUUUGUGUCAUAAGAAUCCAGAGUUGGUAUGCAUUAAAGGGCAUAAAGAUAAUUUUCCAAUUCAAUUGGCAUCAUCAGCUGGACAACUUCGUAUGGUGAAAUUUUUGCUUCAUAGGACUCUACAAGACAAUCACAUUAACAAUUUGUCAUUUCAAGAUAUAGUUAAACUAUUUUUCUUAACCCUUACCAACAACUUUUAUACUGAGGCAAAGAGUUUAUUGGAUUUAAAUCCAAAACUCGCUUGUAUAGAAAAUGAAGAUGAGAUAACUGCCUUACAAUUGCUUGCUCAAUCAUCCUCUCACAAGCACACUCCUGGUUAUAGAGAACUUUUAAAUUUGUUGUUUACGAGGAUAGAAGAAGAAGAAGAUCAAGUUGUACAAACUAUACAAACUCGAAAAGCAAUGUUUGAUGCAGCAAAAUCAGGAAACACCACAAUUUUAGAGUUAAUCUUUAACUACAAUCCAAAUCUAUUCAUGGAAAUAGAUAAUGAAGGGCAUAACAUACUUCACAUUGCUAUCUCAUAUAGAAAAGGAAAUGUAUACCAUCUAAUAUUUGAGAAGGGUUCAUAUAAGAAUGUUUUGAUGCAACAUAUUGAUAAUGAGGGAAACAAUGUUCUUCACUUGGCUGGAAAGUUUGCAUUGGAAGAAAGAUUUGGAUCCCCUACACAUCAAUCUCUUAUUUGUAGUGAAGAACUAUGGUUUAAGGAAGUGGGGCAGAUAGUUCCUCCUACAUUCAUAAACAUGAAAAACAAUAAAGGUGAAACCCCAAUGAAUUUAUUUUAUAGAGAACACAAAAGAUCAUCUGAAAAAGCAAUAGAAGAAGUGAAUGGAAUAGCAAAUACUUUUAUAGUAGUUGCAACUCUUCUUAUCACACUAGGAAUAAGUGGAGCUCUAACAAUUCGUACAAAUAAUAUUAGCUCAAAGUCACUAUUAUUUUGUGAUCAAAACAUAUGGUACAUGAUAUUUCUUUUAUCAAUUGGAAUUGGAGUGAGUUUUUGUGCAUCAUCACUACUUCAAUUUACAUCGGUUAUACUCCCUUCAACUUGGAGAUCAAAAGGAGAUUAUGUCUAUUCGAGGAUAAUAAGGAUGUCAAUUGGUUAUUUGUUUCUUUAUGCCUCAGCUUCAUUCAUGGGUUUGUUUUCUACUAUGUCUGGGGCUAUUUUGGUCUUUAACUUCCUUCCAGCUUGGGUCUUUGUGUUCAUUAUUCCACUUAUUAUCAUUCCAGUAAUCUUCUUUGUUUCAUUUUCAUAUAAAGCUUUGUAUGUUUCUAUAAGAUUGGUAAAAGAGUUUUGCCAAGAACGUGUAGACAUCAUUCUCUCUACAGAACACCGCCCUCUUAAUUACUUGGAAUAAAUUAAUAUAUAUAUAUAUAUAU